CCGACUGGAUGAUGUGGAAUGAGACGGGGUGACGUGCUCUAAAAUUACGUCAUUAUUCAAAUCCAUCACAAUCUAAACGAAUACUUUCACUCACAAAAUAAAAUAAUUCUCUCAAAUUGUAUACAAGUUUACCAAUAUAAAUCCUAAAUUCUCAUUUUUAAACCAAAGACGAGUCAAGUCAGAAGCAGUACAAAGAAGUGUAGCCGUAAUAUUAUUUAAUAAUUGUGUCUCAUCAUCCGUGGUUUUUGAACAAUCAUAAGUUUUCUGCAAGACGAGACAAAAAAAGUACACGAAGACAUCACUGAAGCAACUGUGAAGCAACUGUAAUCGAUAUUGAGUGGAUACAGUUGUAAAUUUAAAUUUAAUUCCUGAUUUACUAGAAUAUAUACAGUUGUAAUUGGAAAAGAGAAUAAUCUAUCAUUCAUUUUGAAUCAGGUUAUAAAUCCUUUCAGCAAUUGUAUUCAUCGUAAAGAUAAUAACCUAGAAAAUAAGCCACUUAUACAUAUAUUACAAUUGAAUUGUACAUGUGAAGCUAUAGGUUGUGAAUUUUAGUAGAAAUCAUUGUAUUUUAACAGAUAUUUAUAAAAUGGCGACCAAUCAGCUUUUCUCCACUUUUACCAUGAAUGUAUCAAACAUUUCAAAAUUUGUUGGUCAGUCCUCCUCCUCCGCUCUCAACAAGUGGUACUGCAAGGCGUUCUAGUUGUGGUUAUCUCUUCGCCAUGGCGCACUAGGUUAGGUUAGUUAGAUUCCCUUCGCCUUGAUCACGACCUUGGACGCGGAAACACAAUUAAAAUUUCAAAAGUCUGUAUACGAAGUUAAGUAGUUAGUUAAGUUGUAUAGGAAAUGUGUUAUUAUUAGCAAAUUGUAUUUUUUGAAGCAGGGUUAUUCUAAUUACUUUAUUAUGUAUGUAUUACUUACAUAUGUGACAUAUUUACUUAGCGUUAAGUAUCAUGAUAAUUUAAUUAACAACAUAUAUUUUUUUUGUCAUUUAUGUUUCAAAAAUUGUGCUCCCCUCUUGUAACCAUUUGUAAUUGGGGACAGGGAUAGAGAAAAGUAAUUCCGAAAAUGGCAGGGCAGGCGGGUUCUAGUUCCGAUGAGCCGGAAUGUCUGGACAAUUGUUACAGUAUUCAACAUGGACGAGAAAUCUGCGGGAUUGCAUCCGUAUCAGGAGGAAUAGACGCCGUUCCCCUCUGGAUUAAGCAGUGUGCCAACUAUGCUCAAGUUCAGGAUGAAUUUGGCCGAACUGCGUUACACCUGGUUGCAUCAACCGGAAACAUUGAGGCUCUAGAAUGGCUCAUCAAACGAGCUGGUGCAAAUCUUGAUAAAAAGGACAAAAUAUCAGGUCACACUGCACUACAUCGAAGCAUCUAUUAUGGGAAUAUUCACACUGCUAGAAGUUUGAUUAAAUUUGGUUCAGAUAUCCAUCAGAAAGACAAUGAAGGAAUGACAGCAUUUGAGCUUUGUAACAAGGAGAUUAAGGAUUUCCAAAGGGGAUUUCAUGCUAAAAUUGAGUCUGAUCCGACUGAACUUCUUGUGUGGGGAACGAAUGAUAAUUACACGUUAGGCAACGUUAAUAAACAGGAGCGACUGGUUCCAGAACAAUUGGAGGUGUUCCGAAAGCAUAAUACUCAAAUUAUGAAGGCUGCAAUGUCCACCUAUCAUUCUGUCUUUUUGUCUCAAAUGGGCGAAAUAUUUGUUUGUGGAUCUGGAAGACUAGGCAUACUUGGAAACGGAUAUGACAAGCCGGUCCUUCACGUAGAACAAUUACAAAUUCGAUCCAGUGCUAAGUGCAUUUCGAUUGCAGUUGGACAAGACCAUACACUAUUUUUGAUGGAGAACGGCAGGGUACUUUCUUGCGGAUCCAACGAAUUUGGGAUAUCUGGUCAGAAAGAAGCCAUCAAGCAAUUGUUGGUUCCAAAGACGGUCGAAUUCCCAGGAAAAGUUUGUAUUGAAGGAAUAAUUGGUGCUCGUUAUCACUCUGUGUUUUACACAUCUCAUAAAUUAUUCACAUGCGGACUUAACCGUGGCCAGUUAGGCCACUCUCAAGAAAAAGGACCUGUUGUAUAUGAACCAAAAUUGAUAAGCCAAAUAUCCUGGGAUGCUGAAGGAGACACAAAAUUUACUCAUUUUGCAGCAUCUGCUUGUGCCACAGUUGCGAGGGCCAGUACCGGCAUAAUUUAUGUCCUGCAUAAAUUUGACGUUAUUAAAAUUAAUGCCAAACAAUUCGAUGUGGUAAAACUUCAAGUUGUUGGUGGUUCAUUAUGUGAUACCCAUUUUGACAAGUCGACAAAAUUAAAUAAUGACGAACAUUUGGUUGUGUUGUUAUUAACCUCUACGGGGCGAAUAAUUGUAUGGAGGGCUAAAGUUACUGGACAAUCGUGUGGGAUUGGGACAUUUAGCCGAGUGAUAUUCAACAAUUUUCUGGACAUUGCAGAUUUUAGUUUAAGCCAGUCAUGUCUUGUGUUUAUUACUACUUGCGGGGAAGCUUAUAAAAGUGUGUGGAAACCUCUCAGCGACCCAUCCUAUGUCGCUUUACCAUGUUGGCAACGUCAGCGAGAUUCGCAGCAAACUACCGACUUUCAAAUCUCAACGGGUAGCCGGAGACCUCAAAAAGGCAAAGAUCCAUCAUCUGUAGUGUCAUUUUUGGAACAUGUGAAAAUUCAGAAAAUCAAGAAUGUGUACUCUGCUUUAUUUAUCACCAGUGACGAACAAGGGAAGAAUUUUUCAAUUAUUCAGUCAUCGCCAAAAACCCAAUUGACAUCUCUACCCAUGAUUUCCACAUCACACCUUCAUUUGGACAUGCUGAAAGUUUUAGAUGAAGCGAGCGAAGAGGAUGGCCUGCAUGAUGUAAUAUUGAAGGUUGGCAGUCGACGGUUUGCAGCACAUUUGUUUAUUAUAGCGUCAGGUUGUCCAAAGCUACAUAGCAUGAUUGUGUCAAGGUUAAAACGCAAAGUCGAUAAUGAAGCAAAAGUCAUAACUUUAGAAGAUUUGGAUGAUCAAGUUUUUGGACAAAUUUUGCAAUUUAUAUAUUCUCACACAUGUGAUUUAUUAACCAUGGGGAAAAAACUUGCAAACUUUCGUGUUUUAGAUGUAAUGAAAUCUACAAUUGAAGCAGCUCGACGUUUAGAGUUAGAAAACUUGUGCAAAGUUCUCCGAAAAUUUACAAUAAUAGAGAACGUAGUCAACCUUAAACCUUCUGAAUGUCCGUUUGAAAUCCCAUCAAGAAGAUUUAUUCGUAAUGUUCAUGAAAACUUGUGCGAUAUUACGUUACAAAGUCAAGAUUUGAAGGUUUUCACAGCCCAUCAAUGCGUCCUUGUGGCUAGAUCAGAAUAUUUUUACUCCAUGCUGUUUGCCAACGUAUGGCUCGAACAUUCUUCUCAAAAGCCGAUUCAAAUGCAGUUCUCAGGGCAGUGCGUUGAAAUUUUUCUGGAGUACAUAUACGAAGACACCAUUUCAAAUCUUCCACCAAACGACUUUGAUGCUUUAUCAGAAAUCCUGGCCAUGAGUGACAACUUGUUUCUGAACCGUUUGAGAUCGCUGGUGGAAUCUGCGCUAGCAGAAAUCUUGUCCCUGAAAAAUAUUACGUCAAUGCUUUACUUGGCAGACAGGUGUAAUGCUUUGCAACUUAAAGAAACUUGCAUGCAAUUCAUUGCUGUGAAUUUACCUCUGGUUUUGGAGACACGACUAUUGGACCCACUGCCUCUCGACCUGGUUAAGGAUGUUUCCGUAUACUAUCGACAAGUUCAUCCAUCAAUGACGUCGAGAAGGAUAACACGACCAUCCUCUGCUCCAAGCGAACUUGACUUUGAGCAAGCAAUGGCUCAUAUUUCUCCAGAGCUAGCCAAUGAAAUUGAAGCAUUGCAAUAUGACGACGAAGUUCGGCGACCUCAAAUAAAAUCUAGCAAAAACAAAGCCCGAAUACGUUCCCGAACAUCUGAAAGCGAGCAUCCCACUGAUUUAAAUACCUCUGGAAAUUUACUAAAUUUGAGUCAAGAUUUGAACAUCUCAUCCACUACCUCAGAAUUAGCAUCACCAAGCUCCUGUCAUCACUCAAAGGAAGACGAUAAGGUCCAAGUUUUUCCACUACAUCGAAAACUUAAAUUUCCGAAUCCUAGUCAAACCAUGUUGACCCUUAAGAUAGCUGAAGCGCAAGAAACUCUAAAGAAUAGUCAAAAGCUGAAUCCCACAGAGUUUCCAAGCUUGGACACUAAGUCGUCUGACGUCUGGUCGCCACUACCAAAGCAAAUAGUGAAUUAUCCAAAAAAAUCAGCCAACGGUGUACCUGAUACUGUUCUUCAGAAAGCCCCACUGUCCCCAAUUUCUUUGGAAAUUUCAUCAAAUGGAAGAAAGAGUUGUCCGUCCCUUGAGCAAACAAACCUUAACCAUAAGUCUGGAGGAGGUGCAAAGAGGAAAACCAAAUGGAAAAGUGUAGAUUUGAAUAAUGUGUCUAAUUCUGAGCAGCCCUCUAAUCCAAAUUUGUUGGUCACCGAAGCACUAAACCCGCCAAGCAGGGAUCCUCAGAAUCCUUGGAAAGUUGAGGAUACUCGCAAAAAAGUUGAAUUUAAAGAGAUUGUGCAAGAUGAAAUGGAAAAGAAGCAAAAUUGGGAACGGGCCACUACGAAAGCAUUGCAUUUAAUGCAGAUUGAAGAUCAAGCCAUCAAUCAACUAACUGCCAGAUACCACAGUGCAGAUGUCGAGGAAGGAAUUGAAAUUAUUUCGGUAGAAAGAGUAUGUUCUACCAACUUUGCUCCACCCACCUGGGUUCAACAUUCGCCCUUUAAUCGUAAUAGUUAAUUAGUUAGCUCAGCUGCAUGCAUAUCAAGCCAUGAUACACCUGAAAGAUAAUAAUUUUUUCGUGAAGAUUUAUAACAAGGAAUUGUCAAUUAUUCCAAGCAGCAAUAUCAGCAUUGGCAAAAUACAAGCACAACAAUGUAAAAGAAUUAAAUAAACAUGAGAUCAGAAACUUAAAAUAAA